UUUUCUUUUCUUUUUCCUCAUAAUAUACCCAAGUCGUCUACAAAGUCAAGUCUUUCUUCUCCAAAAACGAAGCCUAACUCAUUCAUAGAGUGAAGCUUUUGCUGAAAUCUCACAAAAGCAACAAAAGCAAUUCCCAGGGUUUGGUUUAGGGAUCUUCAUAUCCAUUUCUUCUUUGCAGAGUUGCUAAUCAUCAAUCUCUGCUUGGUUGCUGUGCAGGGAUAAGUAAUGGCAGAAAGAGCAGUGAGCUCUGUUAUUCAAUAUUUGGCACCAUUGUUAACUGGAGAAGUAGAGUUGUUGAAGGGUGUCCGCAAGGAAAUGGUCAGUAUCAAAGCUGAAUUGGAGCGCAUACACUCAUUCUUAAAAGAUGCAGAAUCAAGAGCAGAAACUGGAGAUGAAGGUGUGAAAAUAUGGGUGAAACAAGUAAGACAAGUUGCUUAUCGGAUACAAGAUGUUAUCGAUGAACACAUUCUCUUGGUUUUGCCAAAACAACCUGGACUAUUCGGUUCCUUGCAUAAAGUCACUCGGACAAUCACUAAGCUAAAGCCACGACAUGAGAUAGCUUCUCAGAUCCAAGACAUCAAAACUACAAUCCGUGAGAUCAAGGAAGGAGCGGAUCGAUAUGGAUUCAGUACUAGUACUUCGUUAGAACAUAGCAGCAACAACAGCAAGGACAACAUGUGGCGUGACCCUCGACUGGCUUCCCUUUUCAUAGGGGACGAUGAAGUCGUUGGCAUUGAAUCUCCCAAAUAUGAACUGAUAAGCAGAUUGGUUGACCAAAAUCAAUCACAACGAGCAGUGAUCUCGGUGGUUGGCAUGGGUGGAAUUGGCAAGACCACUCUUGCCAAGAAAGUUUAUGACAGCCAAGAAGUGGUUGCACACUUCAUUUGUAAAGCGUGGAUCACUGUCUCUCAAUCAUACAAACCAGAGGAGCUCCUCAAAACAAUGAUAAAGCAGCUAUCAGGAAUUUAUGUUCUACCUGAUGAGGGAAUUGAGUCACUCAUUGUCAAGUUAAGAGGAUAUUUAUCUGAAAAGAGGUCCGUCAUUGUGUUUGAUGAUGUAUGGGAAACUGAUUUUUGGGGAUCCAUAAGACUUGCUUUACCCAAAAAUAGUGACGGCAGUCGGGUAAUCAUCACCACACGCAGUGAACAGGUUGCUACAUUUUGCAAAGAAACUUCAGUGGAUCAUGUCCACGAGCUUGAAGCCCUAUCCGAAGAGAAGGCUUGGGAACUCUUUUGCAAGAAAGCCUUCCAAUUGGACUUUGAGGGUCAUUGUCCCCCUGAGUUGGAGGAAGUAUCACAUGCAAUUGUUAGAAAGUGUAAAGGUUUGCCACUUGCAAUUGCAGCUAUAGGUGGUCUCUUGUCCACCAAAAACAAGGGUAUAUCCGAAUGGCAAAAAUUCUAUGGUAGCAUGAACUCUGAGUUGGAAAGGAAUCCUAAUCUUAAAAGCAUUAGCAAAAUUUUGUUGUUCAGUUACAAUGAUCUGCCUCACCACCUCAAAUCUUGUUUCUUGUACUUUGGCAUAAUGCCAGAAGACUACUCUAUCAAUGCUGGGAGACUGAUUCGGCUAUGGAUAGCUGAGGGUUUUGUUGAAGAGCAGAAAGGAAAAACAUUGGAAGAAGUUGCAGAAGAAUACUUGACUGAGCUGAUCCAUAGACGCUUAGUUCUAGUGUCAACAAAAAAAUUUGAUGGAAGAGUUGGAAAGUGUCAGGUACAUGAUGUAGUGCGCGAGAUUAUUCUCUCAUUGUCCAAGGAGUUUAGUUUGUGUCAAAUUUUGGAAAAAGAGAAUUCAAGUUUCAAUGACACAACUCGGUGGCUAUCUAUGCAUAUGCGUUAUUGCAACAUGGAUAAGGUUAUGGAAAGCAUUGGUAAAUCCCCAGUUCAUUCUGUUUUUCUUUUUCAACGUGGAAAGCUGCCAAAGAAGCCCUUAUUGGGUACAGUAGCUGCAAAUUUCAAGCUUUUGAAAGUGCUGGAUCUUGAGGAUGCUCCUUUGGAUCAACUUGAUGAAGAAGUGGGAAAUCUAUUUCUUUUGAGAUACCUAAGCAUAAGCAGCACAAAAGUGAAGAUAAUUCCAAAGUCCAUAGGCAAGUUGCAAAACUUACAGACUUUGGAUCUGCGACAUUCCCCCGUGAGUGAGCUCCCAUUUGAUAUUAGUAGGCUCCGUAAGUUGCGACAUCUUCUUGCCUAUUCUUGUAACAAUGUAGUCGGAGUGAAGAUACAGGGAGGGAUUGGGGGUUUAGAGGAGCUGCAAAUUUUGUGUUUUGUGGAGACAAAUCAUGGCCUAAUUAAAGAGCUUGAGAAAUUGAGGCAGCUAAGGAAGUUGGGAAUUACGAAAUUGGAAAGAGAACAUGGGAGGGCUCUAUGUGCAGCCAUUGAGAAGAUGAAAUACCUUCAAAAUUUGAGUGUAGAGGCCUCAAGUGUAGAUGAGAUUCUAGAUUUACAGCAUAUAUCAUCAUCAUCUCCACCUCAAUAUCUUCAACGUCUCCGCUUGCGUGGACGUUUAGAGAAGUUGCCCAACUGGAUCCCGAAACUUCAAAAUUUAGUCACAUUACUUCUAUUGGGUUCAAGUUUGACCAAGAACAAUCCUCUAAAAGCCCUUCAAGUCUUGCCUAGUUUAGUAAUGCUUACGCUUUGGGAUGCAUAUGAUGAGGAGCAGUUGUAUUUUGAGGUCGGAAGGUUUCAAAAACUCAAGGAACUAGCUCUGGUAGGGUGCAAGGGAUUGAAUUCGAUGAUAAUAGAGGAAGGAGCGUUGCCUCUUCUUGAAAAUCUAGAGAUUGAGCCUAGCCCACAACUAAAGGAGGUACCAUCUGGCAUCUACCAUCUCAGAAACCUCAAAACUCUUCAGUUUAUUGGUAUGCCAGAAGAAUUCAUAGAUAGAAUGGAACCCAAACCCAACCAAGGAAAAGACCAUUGGAUCGUCAAGCAUAUCCCUGAAGUCUGGCUCUGUUCCCGAAUUGAAAAAGCAAAUAGUUAUACUAUAAACAACAGUCUUGAAAAUUAUUUCAAUCGGAAGGUGGAAAACGCAAGGGUUAGGAAGCUAAAAAUGAAACUCAAAGUUGAAUGCUAAUUCAAUUAACUUUCAGGUCUUUUGCUGCAGGCGCUUAUCGUGGAAGGAAAUUCAAUUGCAGAGGCAACCACAAACAAACAAAGAUUGUCAUCUCUGCCAACAUGGACAUGUUUAUUAUGGUAUUUUACUUUUUUUAUUUUUUAUAUGUUGUUGUUUGCCAAGACAAUGUAUUGGAUUUCUGUCAUCAAGAUUUAUUUCAUGAUAACCACAACUACGUAACUUUAAUUUGGACAAACUUAUGGUCAUACAUUCCUUCUUGUUGUAUCUCUAAUCUAAAUUUUGUUUUUGUUUUUUUCUUUCUACUUUUUUUUAUUCUUCAUUAUGUAAUAUAGAGCUAAUGUUUUGCAUAAGAAUGUAGUAACAUCACUGAACUUUUAUUGACUCCGUAUUUUUAGGGAAAAAUUAUUUCCUAGAUAUCAUACGACUUGGCAGUUCAGGCAUA